AUGGGCCCGAUUGAAUACUACCGAUCCAUGCCUUCCAGAAACCUCGCAGCUAUUAUCAUCAAUGCACUAAACCUAUGGCUGAAGGCACCCGAGGCGUCAAUCAUCCAGAUUUCAAAGAUCAUGCAUACUAGAUCUACGAGAGUUGUCAAUGGAGAGGCGAGAGUUGUCAAUGGAGAGGCGAGAGUUGUCAAUGGAGAGGCGAGAGUUGUCAAUGGAGAGGCGAGAGUUGUCAAUGGAGAGGCGAGAGUUGUCAAUGGAGAGGAAGCUGGAUGA